AUGUCAAGCAUUUGCAAGUCUAGACUUAUGGAAGAACGACGCCAGUGGCGUAAAGAUCAUCCUUACGGCUUUUACGCUCGACCGGUAAAAACUGAAAAUGGCUUAGAUCUAUUAACUUGGCAGGUUGGAAUUCCUGGCAAGAAAGGAACAGCAUGGGAGAACGGAGUAUAUAAAAUGACGAUAACUUUUCCAGAAGAAGAAGGAUGGAAGCCCGCGAUUACAAUUAAACAGAUCCUAUUGGGAAUACAAAACCUGCUUGAUGAACCGAAUCCCGAUAGUCCUGCACAAUCCGAUGCCUAUAUGUUAUUCAAGAAAGAUCGCGUCGCGUAUGAAAAGAGAAUAAAACAGCAAGCCAAGGAAAAUCCGGCGUAG